CGCGGCGCCUGGCGCCCCUCCGCCAGGCCCGCCAUGCAGGGCCCCGCCGGGAACGCGAGCCGCGGGCUCCCGGGCGGGCCGCCCUCCACCGUCGCGUCCGGGGCGGGCCGCUGCGAGAGCGGCGCGCUUAUGCACAGUUUCGGCAUCUUCCUGCAGGGGCUGCUCGGCGUCGUGGCCUUCAGCACGUUGAUGCUCAAGCGCUUCAGAGAACCAAAGCACGAGAGACGGCCGUGGAGGAUAUGGUUUUUAGACACUUCCAAACAAGCCAUAGGAAUGCUGUUCAUCCACUUUGCAAAUGUGUACCUAGCAGAUCUCACUGAAGAGGACCCUUGUUCACUGUACCUCAUCAACUUCCUCCUGGACGCCACCGUGGGCAUGCUGCUCAUCUACGUGGGGGUGCGCGCCGUCAGCGUCUUGGUGGAGUGGCAGCAGUGGGAGUCCCUGCGAUUUGGCGAAUAUGGAGACCCUCUGCAGUGCGGAGCCUGGGUUGGGCAGUGUGCUCUUUACAUCGUGAUCAUGAUUUUUGAAAAGUCUGUCGUCUUCAUCGUCCUCCUCAUACUUCAAUGGAAAAAGGUGGCCCUAUUGAAUCCCAUUGAAAACCCAGACCUGAAACUGGCCAUCGUCAUGCUGAUCGUCCCCUUCUUUGUCAAUGCUUUGAUGUUUUGGGUAGUGGACAAUUUCCUCAUGAGAAAGGGGAGGACGAAAGCUAAACUAGAAGAAAGGGGAGCCAACCAGGACUCGAGGAACGGGAGCAAGGUCCGCUACCGAAGGGCUGCAUCCCACGAGGAGUCAGAGUCUGAGAUCCUGAUCUCCGCCGACGACGAGAUGGAGGAGUCUGACGUGGAGGAGGACCUGCGCCGACUGACCCCCCUGAAGCCUGCGAAGAAAAAGAAGCACCGCUUCGGGCUGCCUGUCUGACGCGCUCCUGUGCUGGGGUCAGGUGUGGGGGCCCCGCCAGGUCAGCAGGCGGUCGCUCCGCAGUGCCCUUCCUUCCCUCCUCUCUGCCCCUCCUCUUCUACCUCCAGUCCUCUCGCUGUCUCCGCCCGCUCCCAGACUGCUGUCACUUGCCAGAGGGAGGCCGGGCCAGCGCCGAGGGGCUCCAGGCAGCCGGAGGUCCCCACUCAGUUGCACUACAAACACUGACCAAAUAUGCAAGCAAGGCAUUUUGUGUGUCUGUCAUUGUCCCAAACGAUGUUGCGAGGGACCCCGAAGCCCCGUCCUGUGUCUGGCUGGGUGGCCUUGAGGAGGAAAACUGACGCGCACACAGACUGGGUAGAGCCUUUCCCCAAGGCUCUGGGAGUGUGAGGACGUAACACGUUUUGGGCUAAAAGUCACUCAUUGACCAAGUUGGAACUGCAAUGCUUUCUUACUCCAAAUGGCUUUGUAACUACUGAUUUCUAAAGCCGGUUUUAUGAGCUGUCACAGUGUUAAUGUUUUUUGAGUAUGUGUUUAUUUCCUAUGGGACUAAUGAGCAAAACAUAGAUUUUUAAGUCUUCCGUAUGCUGUUGACUUUUAUAUUUUUAAGUUAUAUUUUCAUACUAUUGUAUUUAAAAACUCUUUUUAAUCCCCAAAGAAAUGGGUUUGUCUGCCUUUCGUGGGAUGUGAACUGGCGGGAAGAAGAAGUUGGGAGUUUUUGUAUUCAGGAUAUUUUUAGGUAAUCUGCGAUGAGAUGAGGUGAAUGGUCCCGGCAGGAAGGGAGAGGAGCCCUUGUCUGAAAGGGACGAACCCAGUGGCUCUGUAAAGGCCGGGCCUGAGCGGGGAGGCAGCUGGUCUGAAGGCCAGUCUGAGGCCGGGGGCACAUGGGUCCAGCCACUUGGCUUUCUGCUGCCAGUUUAGAGGUCUUAGUUAAACGUGGCCAAGAGCAGAGCCUAGAGGUCUGUGUCUAGAGCAGCUGAGACCAUAGAAGCCAGCCCUGUGUUCCCUGCCUCCAGUGCAAGGUGGAGCCUUUGGAACCAGCUGCUGGACCAGCCCCAGGAAUUCCUCUCGGGCCGCCAUCUGUUUGUUGUCUUGGUGUUGUCCCCCUGUUUUGCACAACAGUCUGUGGAGCGCCUGCCCAACCCGACCAUCCUGUUUUUCACGGCCUCAAAGCAGCAGGGCAGCCGGAGACGGGGCGGGUCGAGGUGCGAGAGCUGGCUGUCUGCAUGCACGGGCAGGGGAGGUGCUUCGAAGCCCGGGUCCCCUCCCCGGGGAGUGGCCCUCACUCCUCAGUAGGGCCCCAGGCCCCUGUAGCUUUGGGAGUCUGCUGACCACAGUGGAGUGGGUUGGCCUGAGCACUCGCCCUGCUGUGGGAGCAGCACAGUGGGGCAGCCCGUGUUUUGUCGUGUUUGGGGAGCAAAGUGGUGGCUAGUGAGGGGUGGUUUUUCCUUGUAUCCUGAAUUUCAAUAAGGGCUGUAGUCUCUGAGCCACGGUCAUAGAGCCAGCUGACCAGGGGAUGGGUGUCUAAUCGCAGAGAGCCUUGUGGUGUGUGGGCCUGGAGAGCGUGGCCUCGCAGGCUUGGCCUUCCCUUCCCUUCCCUUCCCUUCCUGUGUGUGUGUGUGUGUGCGUGCGCGUGCAUGUACACACACACACACACACACACAGAGUUUGUAUUCCCUGGAGUGUUUCCUGCAGUCACUGGGGGUUUUUCUGUGGUGCAUUGUCCCAAGAGACCAGAUGCAGAGGGCCAUGGUCAGAACCUUCUCCUGAGCUGUCCUCCCUCUCUGGGAUGAGUCUCCUUACCACCUGCCCCGAGGUGCCUUACAAGGUACAGCUCUUUACCCGGCCCUAUGGCAAGUGUCACAGUGCUUGAGAAACCAUGGGACACCAACUGGAUAUUGUGUGCUAUCCAUCUGAUCUGUGCAGAUGUGGACCUUGGCCAGGGCACCCAUGAUGGAAGCUUGUAAGUCAGGGUCAUGAACAAGUUUCUUGUACCUAAUGGGAAUAACCUGAUGAGGUAGAACUCUCAUGUCUGAAUGGAAGGAAUCAUUGUUAGCCUUAUUUCUGUUUGCUGUCAGUGGGGUGUUGACAGUGGCAAGGGGGGGAUGUUGGUGAGAUCUCAGGCGGCAGUGGCUUCUUGGUCUGCUCAGAAGACCUUCGAGGUAAAGGCCUGUGGCCCAUCAGUUAACCCUCAGGCACGCUGGUGGCCUCCUGCCUCAAGCUUUAACUCAUGCCCCUUCCUGGCAACAGAGAGUCCUAGGCGACUGUUGACUGUCAUGCCUUUAAAGGGAAAACCUGUAAAGGCUCAAAUCCUAGGCAAUCUAGUCCUGUAGCCUGCAGCCCAGAGUCCCCAUCGGAAGGCGCCCAGGAGCCCACUGUGCCGUCCAGAAAACAACUCACUGGCCUUUCUGCAGCCAAGCCAACAUAGAAGGUUCUGGGGACUUCUCAUUGGCCAAAGCAGCCACCUUAUAGGGUGCAGGGCUGGCUUUUAGAAGUUGCACACACUUCCGACCAGGAGUGGAGAGCUCUCUGUUUUACCCUGUGAAACACUGGCAGCUCUGAAGGGCUUUGCUCUCGGUGAGGGACUUCCAGUCCCAACGGCCGUCAGCACCUUGAGCUCCUGGCCCAGUGGGUGGGUGGGUCUCAUUUGAUCUCUCUUUUCAUGAUGUUUAUUAGAACUCAGAACUGUCUGAGCAAACCAUGGCCUAUUUCCACUGCCCUUCCGGUGGGGGUGUUUCAUCAGUGGUGGUAAGAUUCACAGAAACACAUUUUUGAAAUGAAAGGGAAGACGAUGUACUUACAUUGUAAAAUGGUUUACAAUAAAGUUUCACAUCUUAAUACAGUUUUUUUUUUUUAAAAAAAGAAACCAUCACAUGUGGUUGUUGGUUGUGUGUUCUUUAGAGCUGAAACAGCUUAGUGGGAUCAAGAAAAUUUCCCCAGCGAGU